AUGCCAGCAAUAGUCCCAAGUGACGCGCCCGCCCUUCAAGUGGCCGCCUCACCCCCCAGCACACCCAGUUCGGAGCAGAGCGCGGGGUUGUCUGAUGUACACAAUGACAUUCCAGUUGAUCCAGUGAUCCUCGCCGACGACGGGCUUUGGAUGAAAGAAUUGCAGAUGCACCCAGACGAUAGUUUCGUUACUUCGGAGACAAGUUGUCCGUAUCCUGAUCCCCCCUCCGUUCUGUGUGACACAUCUGUUUAUAACCCAGACUCCAACGCACAGCCUCAAAGGCAGGAGAGCAGUCCUCAGCCGGUUAGUCCACACGGCCAGGACCAUACGCAAAAUUCCGCCUCCUAUGACAACACCGAAGCCGACUGCCCUUCGUGUGAUACCCCUCUGGGUACCUCCACCUGCGGUCAACAGUUGAAACCGCGCAAGCGAAAGCUGCAAAAAAUUGGACGGACAGCCGCCUAA